UUGUGUAUUGAUGAAAUUUAUCUAAAUUUUCAGAUACUAAUAAAGGCAAUAGCAAAGUGGGAUAAAGAAAAAUUUGGCUAUUUAGUUCCUGAUUUUGUUAUUGGUUACAAUAGUUCCGGAUUUGGUUCUGAGGAAACAGCAUUGCACAAGAGGCAAGAAGAGGUGCUACGCAGAUUUAGGCAGGGUCAGAUCAAUCUUUUGGUAGCUACUAGUGUUCUUGAGGAGGGAGUGGACGUUAAACAAUGUAAUGUUGUAAUUCGUUUCGAUAGGCCUUUAGACUACCGAGCGUAUAUUCAAUCUAGAGGCCGCGCGAGGAAAGAGGGAGCUCAGUAUUUUAUUUUGGUUGAGAAAUACGAAUAUACUGAAUGCCUAGAAGACUUGAAAGAUUUCCUUGAAAUUGAAAAGAUACUGCUUGAACAUUUUCAUUCUGUGCACAAUCCGCCGAAUAACGUAUUGUCAAACAAGACUCACGUAGAUGACUUGGUACCACCAUAUGUAGUUCCUUCAACUGGAGCCCAAGUAACGAUGUCAACUGCUGUUGCUUUGGUCAAUAGAUACUGUGCCAAGUUGCCCAGCGAUAUUUUUACUCGUCUUUCUCCACAGAGUUUUAUUAUACCUGUAGAACAAUGUGGGUUAACUCUUUAUAAAGCAAAGCUGCUGUUACCUAUUAACUCUCCAGUAAAACAUGAAAUAUGUUUGACGGUUCCUAUGCCGAGUAAGAAAUUGGCCCAGAUGGCUGUUGCUCUUGAGGCCUGCAGACAACUACAUGGUCAAAAGGAAUUGGAUGACAAUCUUUUGCCAGUUGGUAAAGAUACAAUAACGCUGACAGCUUUGGAUGAUGAUCCCGAUGAGUAUGUCCCCAAUAUCAGUAAAGUAGGUUCAGCCAGAAGAAAGCAACUGUAUGAUAAAAAGAUGGCUAAAGCCUUACAUGAUGCGCUUCCAGAGCCUGAUUCUGACUGUUAUGUAUACAUUAUGGAAAUGGAAUUAAUAAAGCCAGUCAGUGGGCCAGCAAAUCCGAAAAACAGAAAGAUUGCUAACCCUUUAGAUUCCGAGUUUUGUUUCGGAUUUUUAUCAAAACGAAAGACUCCUCCUAUUCCUUCUUUUCCUGUCUUUUUACGGCAAGGGCGGAUGCAGGCGAAUGUCGUACUUUGGAAGUCGAAAUUGCGUGUCGAUGCUCAAAUGUUAGAAUAUUUGAAAGAAUUUCACCAAUACAUUUUCGACGAUGUUUUACGUUUGUAUAAAAGUGGCCUAGCAUUUGCUCCCGAAAAGGCUUCUGUGAGCACAUUGAUAGUGCCUCUUCGACGUGAGAAAAACGAGCUUACUGGCCAAGUUGAUUACAACUUGGAUUAUAAUUAUGUGUGUAAUGUAGUCAAAUCAGUUGAAAAAAUGCCUCGAAUUCCAAGUGAAGUAGACCGGCAGAAAUUUAUUUUCGAAUACGAUAGGUUUCAAGAUGCAGUCGUUAUGCCUUGGUACAGGGACAUUGAAAGACCAGUUUUUUAUUAUGUUGCAGAGAUUGUUUCUGAUGCGACCCCUUCGUCUAAAUUUCCUGAUGAGAAGUUUAGUGAUUUCAAUGAAUAUUUCGAACAAAAAUACAACAUUACGAUUUAUAAUCAAAACCAACCUUUACUGGAUGUCGACUAUACUUCAGGGCGGCUGAACCUUGUAAUGCCACGUCAUGCCAGUCGUUCAAAAAGAAUUAGUGCAGAUACGAAAUUUGGCCAACCGUCGUCGCAUGGGCAAAUUUUAGUCCCUGAAUUGGUUGACAUACAUCCUAUUGCUGCUUCUCUUUGGAACGUUAUCGCUGCGUUGCCGACACUUUUGUACCGAAUAAACAGUCUUCUACUAGCCGAUGAGCUUAGGGAGACAAUUCUAAAAGAAGCUCUGGGAAGUGAUGCGGUCGUUCCAGAAAAUUAUUCUUGGCCUCCCCUAGAUUAUCCCACUUCUUUUGAUGAUGCUGAGCCAAAGCCUGUGAACAAGAUUCAGCAUUUGAGAAAGGAACAAAUCAGAGGCCAAGGUUACUUGUUUAGUGGUCAUCAUUUGCAGGCUGAUUUUGAAAUAGGAGUAUGGGACCCAGAACUAGGAAAAGAGGUAAUGGGGUCAGUGGAAGCACAAACAGAUGACAAGAAGUUGGAUGAUUUAGAGACAGAGACUGUUGGUUUGAUGUCAACUUCUGGGACGUUGAGACAGCGUGGUGAUAUGUCAGAUGAAGAAGAUGAAGAUGCUGUCGUUCUCUUUGAUUUUAUGCAUACAGUUCAUGAACGAUGUGCUAAGGAAAAGGCGGACUUAUUUGCUCCUAGGGACGACAUUGAAGCUGCUGGAUGGGAUGAUCUUGAAGUCUGUGAAGAACGCGCUCCAAGCGGUACCAACAUGCCUUUGAGUAUGAAUAUUGGAAACUCGAUGGGUAUAGAUAGCCGCGCUUUGCUAGCUGACUUGAGUAUGAUGACAUGGAGUGCUAAUCCUAUGCAAACCUGCACCACCACUGAAGCAAAUUUUACCAGUAACCCGACAGUACUCGCUGAAGAAACUGAAACUGGAAAAAGAUUCUGCAUGCGGAAAACUGAACAACAUAAGCCGGAGCCAGUACAGUUAUAUUUGGAUCCAAUCGAAAGGCUGGAAGAUAACGACCGUGAAGCUUUGUCUAAAAAGGCAAAAGAAGAAAGUGUGGACCUUAUUCAGUUUCUAGACAAUGAUGACUUUACUGAAGACGAACUUCCCUCCACAAAAAUUCUUCCAUAUGACGAAAACUUGUUAGAGGAAAGCGAAAACAAGGUAAAUAGUUUCCGUUACUUAAAUGUGAUAGUUCCUGACGACGUUAGUAGUUCUGUGAUGAUUGUAAAAGCCGCUGACCCAGGUACAAGCAGCGCAACUCAGGUGAGUGGUUCUUUAUGCCGUCGAAGUAGUGAUAUUGAACUCGAAAUAGAUUUGCAACGAGAAGCAACAAAUAAGCAAGCUACAGUUGAAAAUUUCACGUUUGAAGAUGAUCAUUGCAAGAAAUGCGUUUCUGCACAACCGUUAAACUGGAUGACAUUUUCUUUUGAAAAGGGCAGUUUGGAAGAGCAUCCUUAUGGUGUUUCACCGUGCACGCUUCUUCAGGCACUUACAAUGUCGAAUGCCUCUGAUGGAAUAAAUCUUGAGCGUUUGGAAACUGUUGGGGACUCGUUCUUGAAAUAUGCUGUGACAGAUUAUCUUUUUCAUAUGAAUCCUAACCAGCAUGAGGGGAAACUGAGUUUUGCAAGGAGUAAAGAAGUUUCCAAUUGUAAUCUGUAUCGUUUGGGUAAAAAAAGGAAUCUUCCUUCUUUAAUGGUUGGCACGAAAUUCGACCCAAAUGAUGGCUGGCUUCCACCAUGUUAUGCUCCUACAACUGACUUUAAAGCUCCAAAUUCGCUGGAUGCUGAAGAGCGCGACCAAUUGAUGGAGAAUGUACUUGAAGGGAAAAGUGCUUUUGAGCAAGUAGUAAGCUUAGUUCUACAAUUUUCUUGCUAUGUCAUUGAGUAUUUCAUAAGUGUUAUGUAUACUCGUAAUUCACAUAUCAUUAGUUUGAAAUUCAAUGGUGGAUUUCAUGUGGCGUUCGAAAAAAAGAUUUCUACUGGCUGGGAUGAGGGCGACACAACCAAAGAAGUUAGAAAAGUUGCCGAUGGUGUAGAAACAAUAACUUUUCCAAAACCGAAGUGGGAUGGAAACGACGAUAUAACACCUUUGCCGUACAACAUGUUGACGCAACAGAAUUUAAGUGACAAAUCAAUUGCCGAUGCAGUUGAAGCACUAAUUGGAGCCCAUCUUUUGGAACUUGGACCGACAGCUGCAUUAAAGUUUAUGAAAUGGCUGGGUUUGAAAGUGUUAACGAAGGAAGAGCUUGGCCCUCCAGAAAUUCCUCUUUUUAGAUAUAUUGACACUGUUGAGCAGCCUCAUCUUUCGGAAUGUAAGCUGAAUGAGUUCUGGGCGCAGUUUAAGUUCUCCCUACUAGAAGAGUCUAUAAAAUAUCAGUUUAAACAGAGGGCUUAUUUGCUGCAGGCGUUUACUCAUGCUUCCUAUUACACGAAUCGAAUCACUGGCUGCUAUCAGAGGCUGGAAUUUCUCGGUGAUGCUGUUCUGGACUAUUUGAUAACCCGUUUUCUUUAUCAACAUCCACGGCAAUAUAGUCCUGGCGUACUUACUGACUUGCGUUCUGCCUUAGUGAACAACACAAUUUUUGCGUCUUUGGCAGUAAAAUACAGUUUCCAUAAGUUCGUUGCCCAUGAGUGUGUGGCAGUAGAGUGUCACAUUAAUAUUCCUCGUUCAUGGUUUUAUGACAACCAUUUUGUUGCGAUGUGUCCCGGAUUGCAUCUUAUGAUAGAAAAAUUCGUUCGAUUGUGUAUGGAAAAAAACCUUGCCAGGACGAAUUUCAAUGCAGAAAUGUAUAUGGUAACUACAGAAGAAGAAAUCGAUGAGGGAGAGGAGGAAGACAUAGAAGUGCCUAAAGCAAUGGGAGACGUUUUUGAAUCUGUUGCUGGGGCUGUAUACCUUGACUGUGGAAAGGACCUAGAUAUUGUUUGGCGCGUAUUUUAUAACCUUAUGAAGGAAACUAUUGAGGAGUGCUGCAACAACCCUCCAAAAUCACCAAUUAGAGAGCUUUUGGAACUGGAGCCUGAACGAGCCAGAUUCUCGAAGUUGGAGAGAAACUUGGAGACAGGUAAAGUACGGGUGACAGUAGACAUUCAGGGCAAAUGCCGGUUUACUGGUAUGGGACGCAGCUACAGAAUUGCGAAGUGUACGGCUGCGAAACGCGCUUUGCGCUACUUGAAAAGCUUGGAACUAGAAAAGGAGAAGGCUGCAGUGAGAGCUGCUCACACUGAAUCUAGUAAAAGGUUAAAAGCUUCUUAGGU